AUGUCAACACACUUCAGUCUGUUGAGAGACCAUCGUCUCUAUGUUCUUAGAUUAUAUCGCUACACGUUAAGAACCACUAGACACAAUAUAAAUUCUAUUAUUUAUAGAAAUCACAUACUCGACAAAGUAAAGGAAAGAAUUACGAACAACAGACUCAAUAAAUCUAGUUGGGCCGUGCAUAAUUUAUUAGAAAAGUUGGAGUCGCUGAAUUGUGCUAUACAGAAAAAUGAUUACAAUCAAGUUAGAAGAUUACUAACAGAUCCUAAGGUAGAUCCUAAUUUGAAAUUGAUUAAGACCUCUAUUAAUGAAAUCAAGCUAAAUGCCAAACCACCUCAACAAGAUCCAAAACUGUUGAUACAAUCUAAUAUUCUAGAUAAAUAUAUGAAGAUCAAACAAUCAGACCAUUUAUUGCCUGCUCAAAUAUCGAAGAAGAUUAAAAGAAACCUUCUGUUACCAAUAGCACUUGAUUGGCAUUCUAGAAAUAAAAUAGAUAGAAUUCAAAAACAACUUGAUAAGGGAAUACCAGAAGUAUACCUUAGUUAUACAAAAGCUGGCCCAAGUACAAUCUGGUUUGUUAGAUCCCCUGUAAAUAAACAGAAAGCCCAGUCAAGAAAAUUAAGUUCCCUUAUUUCAAAAACAAAAAAAGAAAACCAGGAUGUUCUGGAUGGUAUAGUGGCAUGCGAGAAAAAUGCUCAAUGGGCUCUUUCAGAAGCAAUUUGGGAAGAAUAUCUUGCGAAUGAAAAUCUUCCAAACUUUAACAAUAUUAGUGAACUUUUAUCAAGGGUUGAAAAGAUCGAAAAAACAAAACAGCUGGUGAGCUCUACUGUCGUAACAAAUAAUUUACAAUAUAAAGAUGGAAUGCCAGUCACGGUUUUAUCGUGGCUAUCUCCCAUUUCUAACGUCAUUACCGAACUUAACAAAAGUUUAUAUGAGAGAGCAGCUUCCUUUGAGAAGUUCAAAAAAGAGGUUUUAUUAAAGGAUGGACAUGUUGAAUAUUAUAAAGAGAAGACAGCAACUAUGCAUCUAAAACGUAAGAAAAGAUUUGAGAAUAUGCUGAAAAAUGAUAUACCUAAUGCAUUUACUUUUGAAAAAGAUCAUAAUUUAUAUUCUAUUUUGGAAAAUAACAAAUUUUAA